AUGUUCAACCCGCGGUUCCUGGUCGUCAGCCUAGGUAACCCGCUCCCAAAAUACGAGAGCCUGCAUUCGGCUGGCCACUUUGCCCUCAAAGGCCUCGCCAAGGUUCUUCGGCAGCACGCCUUCACCGAGGUGACCCUGGGACGCCAAAAGUGCCUGGUGUCUCAGGGGCCAAAAUAUACUCUCGUUCAGUCUCCAACCUUGAUGAACGUCUCUGGGCCAUUUGUGGCGCGGAUAUGGCAGGAAAUGGCCAGGCAAACAGACCCGGCCUCGCUGAGCCUUGUCAUCGUGCAUGACGAGUUGGAAAAGGACUUGGGCGUGGUGCGGCUUACACCCUGGGAUCGCAGCCCCCGAGGCCACAAUGGAAUCAAGAGCGUCAAGAAGUCUCUAUCCCAGGACAAGUAUCCGCAGUCACCUUUUGCGCGUAUAGCUGUGGGCAUCGGGCGGCCCGAAGCCAGAGAUGCGGCCACAGUCAGCAACUACGUCUUGGCCAAGAUGUCGUCGGAUCAGAGGACAACCCUGGAGGAGACGGCGCCAUUUGACGUCGCCAAGCGUCUCGUCGAGUUGGAAGCCGAGUGGAGGGCCCAGGUUGAAGGUUGA